AUGAGUCUGGGCUUUGACUGGACAUACCCCGGCCUGGAUAGGUCUGAAUUUCAUUCCUUGGCCAAUCUUCUCUCACUUCGGAAUGAUGGCCAGGCCGAACUUUCUUUCUUGUCAGAUGUAGUGCUCGACCAGAACUGGAACACCACUGGAAGCGAAGAUGGAUACGCGUUGAGUUCGGAUACUCAUGUCGCACAGCAGAUAUCGAGCUCAGAGCACGAGGCACUGAAGCAAAAGUUCCUUGACUGUUUACCCGAAUUCGCAGCUAACAAGAAAGGCGGAAGAACGGUCGCUUUUACCACGAUGGCGGAAACCGAAGACAGCGUUACUCUCUGGAUUGCCCGAAACAGUGGCUUCGAAGAUGCGGAUUAUUCCGUGUUCGGCAGGCUGGCAAAGCUGUUAGGCUCAUUUGCUGACAAUGAUGCCAAUCGACCGGAGGAAUUAUUAUGGCAGGAGAUGAUCCCUUAUCAUCGGACUAUCAUCGAGCAGAACUAUAUUCCCGACUUGCGAGCAAGCUUCAAGGCCUGUGAUCCCGUCCGUAAAGGUGAUAAAAUCUUUACCCAAAGCAUCACUUCAGGAUCUGUCGCGACAUUGUUUGACUUGCGGCGACUUCUUUUUGAUAACGAUUCAAACAAAAUGCGAAUCUUGGAAAAGCAUAAACAUUUGAUUAUUGCAAGCUACGACCUGCGCAUGACGAGAGAGAUCAAGCAAUUACUCCACGACUCAGCGAGCGCGACUUCCAAGUCGAAGCGAUUGUGGGUCAACAUCUGUCGUCUUGCUCGGAUCCGAGUCGCAAUAGAACGCUUUAAAGACAUCACGCUCGCACUCCCAAAUCUCAAGAAAGUCUCAAUAAACCUCAUCCCCUGCCCUCUUACGCCGCAAGGUCCGUCUAAGCGAUCCAUGAGCCUGGAUCAAACGUUCAGCAUACUCGGACUAAGAUUGGAUAGCACCACAUCGAAAGCUAUCCUAGGCCGAGGCUGGACUCUGGAUAAAGCGCGGCACGAAUUCUUCAAACAGCAAAAGCAAAAAUACAACAUACAUGCCGAGGUCCAAAUGCUUAUGUAUCUCACAGCCCAGAGCUCUUCCAGGACUAGCUAUUUCCCAUACUUUGGGUGUAGUAAACUCAGUUGCUUCAUGUGUAAUCAGUUUCUACAGUGCUAUGGAAGCAUCACAACGAGAGGGUCUCAUGACCGCCUCUUCAAGCCAUGGACUGUGCCUCAUGCCGAUGGACUUGGGGCUGACCAGGCUAGAAGAGUGUCAAAGCCACUCGUAUCGAUGCAAAAGAAAAUCGAGAGUACACUGAUGGGAAAAGCUAAGAGCCAUAUGCAGCUUGAAAGGACUUCAGCUUUUGGAGGGAGUAGCAUCAUGGGGGGCCAACAGGGCGAACCAUCACAAAGACAGCUGCACAUCAGUCGACUUACGAUGAUAGCGGAGCGCGAUCGCGUUGCGGAAAGCUUCCGAAGGUGA